CACUCUCUAUCUGGCAUUUCAUUUCGAAGAUGUCUCUCUCUCCAUAUCCCGGCUAUAUAUACCCCUCUCUUGGUGCUCGCUAAGCGAUCGAAGCAGCAAGCCGCAGGCUCAGCUCGAUCAGCUAUAGAACUCAUCAAGGUUUACCUGUCCCAGCCGCGGCGUACGGAGAUGGCGGACUGCAUGCAGGAGUGGCCGGAGCCCGUCGUGCGCGUGCAGGCGCUCGCCGAGAGCGGCCUCUCCGCCAUCCCGCGCUGCUACGUCAAGCAGCCGUGCGACCGCCCCGUGCCGCCGCCGCCGGCGGCGGAAGCACAGCUGGAGAAGGACCUCUCGGACGACGUCAGCAUUCCGGUGGUCGACCUCGGCGAGCUGCUGGCGGACGGCGCCGCCGUCGGCCUCGGCAGCGCCGUCACGGAGGCCGUCGCGGCCGCCUGCCGGGAGUGGGGGUUCUUCCAGGUCGUCAACCACGGGGUGCGCCCCGAGCUGAUGCGCGCGGCGCGGGAGGCCUGGCGCGGCUUCUUCCGCCGCUCGCUCGCGGAGAAGCAGCGCUACGCCAACUCGCCGCGCACGUACGAGGGCUACGGCAGCCGGCUCGGCGUCCAGAAGGGCGCCGUCCUGGACUGGGGCGAUUACUUCUUCCUCCACCUCGCGCCGGAGGCCGCCAAGAGCCCGCCCAAGUUCUGGCCGGCCAACCCCGGCAACUGCAAGGAGGUGUCGGAGGAGUACGGCCGGUCGGUGGUGCGGCUGUGCGAGCUGCUGAUGCGGGUGCUGUCCGUGAGCCUGGGGCUGGAGGAGGCGCACCUCCAGCGGGCGUUCGGCGGGGCGGGGUGCGGCGCGACCCUGCGCGCCAACUACUACCCGCGGUGCCCGCAGCCGGACCUGACGCUGGGGCUCUCGGCGCACUCGGACCCGGGCGUCCUCACCGUGCUCCUCGCCGACGAGCACGUCCGCGGCCUGCAGGUCCGCCGCGGCGCCGGGGAGUGGGUCACCGUGCAGCCCGUCCGCGACGCCUUCAUCGUCAACGUCGGCGACCAAGUCCAGAUACUGAGCAACUCCCUGUACAAGAGCGUGGAGCACCGGGUGAUCGUGAACGCCAGGGAGGAGCGCAUCUCCCUCGCGCUCUUCUACAACCCCAAGGGCGACGUCCCCAUCUCCCCGGCGCCGGAGCUGGCCGCGGCCGCGGGCGGCGGGCCGGCGGCGCCGCUCUACCCGCCGAUGACCUUCGACGAGUACAGGCUCUACAUCAGGAAGAAGGGCGCCAACGGCAAGGCGCAGAUCGAGGCUCUCAAGGGCCAGGCAUCGCCAGAAAAUUAGCUAGGUCGACGACUGGCCAGCUUAAUUAGCUAGUAGCGCUGCAUGCUUCGAUCCCAGUUACUAGUAAUAAUCAACGGCGUGUAUGUAUCCUAAUCGUCGCAACUAGUAUUAAUUCGGAGCUUCUCUGCCCCGGCCCCGUGUGUAUAAUCUGAUUGUAAUAACGCAUGUGUAAGACCGACCCGACCUACCAUUGCUACCACGCUUACUAUAAUCGUAUGCUUGCUGGCUGCUGCAUCAGUAGCCGUACACUGUGUAUGUGCAUGUUGGUCAGCAAACUGAAUCGAAGCAUCAGGUUCCUCAUUUA